UAUCUCCUCCGCAGCCCUGAUGUUCCUCCUGGGAAUCCUGGAUUUCCUCUUCGUUAACCACGCGUACCACAGCAUCCUCACGCGCGGAGCCUCUGUCCAACUCGUCUUCGGCUUCGAGUACGCCAUCCUCAUGACCAUGGUGCUCACCAUCUUCAUCAAAUACGUCCUGCACUCCAUCGACCUGCAGAACGAGAACCCAUGGGACAGCAAAGCCGUCUACAUGCUGUACACGGAGCUCUUCACGGGUACGUUCUCCUCUUCCUCCCCCUUUUUUUUUCUCCUCAUCCCAUCCAAUUUUGACGUUUGGGGGGGGCUUUCCCAUCUCGGCAUGGCCCAUUAAAGCUUGGUACGUCGUGACGAAGCUUAAUUAGCCGUCGGUCAACGAAGGGGGGACGUCUGGGUGGUGCUCGGCAGCACCUCAAGGUCUGAUCCAUCUUCUGGAUGAUGGGGCAGAGCGUUCCCUUGGCUGCUUUGCCAGUGACACCGAACCAGGAGGGAGGUGGCCGAUGCACCACAAGGUCACGUCACCGUCCCGAGGGACCUUUUCCAGCUGGAGAAAUGAUCCGAGAUGAAUUUCAUGAGGUUCAACGAAGGGAUGGGCCAAGUCCAACAACCCCCAGCACCAGUAUAUGCUGGGCAAUGGUUCAACUGGGGGGUUCUGGUGGACGCUGGGUUGAGCGCAAGCCAACAACGAAGGCCAACGGUGUCCUUGGAGGGUUGGCAACGGGUUGAGGGACGUGACCACAAGUGGUGAGGCCACACCUGGAGACCCAACUCCACUUGUGGGCCCCCCAGUCCAAGAGAUACUGGGACAUACUGGAGAAAAAGUCCAACGAGGGGCGUCAAGAUGAUGAAGGGACUGGAGAAGCUGGGAGAGCUGGGACUGGUUGCUCAGAGAGGUGGUGGCGUCUCCAUCUUUGGAGAUACUCGGAAGCCGUUGGGUUAUGGUCUUGGACAAGCAGCUCUUGGUGAUCUGAUGGUUGGACCAGAUGACCUUGGAGGUCCCGUCCCACCUCAACCACCCUGUGAUG